AUGAUUGGUAAAUUUCCCAAACAGAUUUUAGUUGGUCCUUAUACAGGGUUAGAGUACGAUGCAUACCGUUGUGACCUGGAGGAGUUGAACCUGGGAGCUCGAGACUCCGCCACCCUCGUCAAACUUGAGCAGGCCCAGAGAACCUUCCAGAACCAGAGAGAGAAAUAUGAGAAGAGCCGAAACGACCUGUCAGUCAAACUCCAACUACUAGAGGAGAAUAAGGUAAGGAGAAGAUAUGGAAUGAAUUAGUCCUGUUAAGGAGAAGAGAUGGAAUGGAUUAGUCCUGUUAAGGGAGAAAGAGAUGGAAUGGGAUUCGUCCUGUUAAGUAGAAGAAGGAUGGAAUGGAUUAGGUUCCUUUGUUUAAGGAAGAAGAGAUGGAAUGGAUUAGUCCUGUUAAGGAGAAGAGAUGGAAUGGUAUUAGUCCUGUUAAGGAGAAGAGAUGGAAUGGUAAUUAUUCCUGUUAGGAGAAGAGAGGAUGGAUUGUCCUGUUAAGGAGAAGAGAGGAAUGGGUAUUAGUCCUGUUAAGGAGAAGAGAUGGAAUGAUUAGUCCUGUUAAGGAGAAGAGAUGGAAUGUAUUAGUCCUGUUAAGGAGAAGAGAUGGAAUGGUAUUAGUCCUGUUAAGGAGAAGAGAUGGAAUGGUAUAGUCCUGUUAAGGAGAAGAGAUGGAAUGGAUUAGUCAUGUUAAGGAGAAGAGAUGGAAUGGAUUAGUCCUGUUAAGGAAGGGAAGAUAGUCGAAUGGAAUGGUAUUAGUCUGUUAAGGAGAAAGAAUGGAAGGAUUAGUCCCGUUAAGGAGAAGAGAUGGAAUGGAUUAGUCCUGUUAAGGAGAAGAGAUGGAAUGGAUUAGUCCUGUUUCAACUACUAGAGGAGAAUAAGGUAAGGAGAAGAGAUGGAAUGUAUUAGUCCUGUUUCACUGGAUGUAGAAGUGGGAGAAACACUCUUACCCCCCUCCCCCCUCCUCUCCUCUCCCUCUCUCUCCCCAAAAAUUUCGCUAAGAGAUAGCGAGAUGAGUGAACAGUAGAUGCUAAAAAACAGUCAAACGGGUCUCCAACGGAACUAAGCUAAGAAGAAAAGGACCCCCCGCAAGCCGAGUACCAGCUCAACGGGUCACCACCCAGCUAAAAACACAUGCCCCCAAAAUCUUUCCCCUCCCCUGCCCCAUCCCCCCAUACCUCCCGAGAUCAACCAAAUUUCAAAUCAACCCAAAUCCCAACUCCCCCAACCCCCAAUAAAAAGACAAAAUCUACCAAGUCCCACCCCAGAGACCCCUCCCCAACAAAGAAAACUAGACCCCAACCAAAAAAAGAAACCCCAACCGCCACUAAAACAGCACACACACCCCGCAUCCCAAGGAACCCCACAAAACCCAACCACUCCAAACACUCCAACACAUCCAAACCCCCAAAACCCCAACACUCGAGCCCCUCCCCAAUCCCAUCACUCCCGCACCCCUAAAAAAUGCCCCCCAAACACCCCCUCCCGUCUCCAACUCUCUCCCCCAUCCUCCCCCCUCCCCCCCCCCCCUCUCUCUCCCCUCCUCCCCCACCUCUCUUCCCCCCCCCCCCCCCCAGGUAAAGGUGCUCCACCAUCAUUUGGUAUUGUUCCAUGGUGCUGUAGCCUCCUACAACACCUCCAACCACCAGCACCUGGAGGCAAGCACCAAGCUACCCAUGCCCGGCACAGAGCCUCCUUCCUGGCUAGAGGAGAGCUAA